UCGCGUUCACCUGAGGUAACUUAAAGUUAAUAAGAAACACGUUAAGUUAGACCGAAGAAGUAUCGCAAGAACAUUUCUCAUAUACAUUCUUUAUAAUUCCCAAACUGCUGAUUCACACUUCAAACGUUAAAAAGAACCGCCGAUUUAAAGAUUUGAAUUGCCGUCUUUCAUUGUGGAGGUAACUUGGUGCUUAACACAGUUUAAGACAAGACCGUGCCUGUGAUAGAUGAUGUACUUAACAGAUGAAUCACACAGACUUCAAUCCGAACAUUUCCUGACAGCGAGAGAGAGAGUUCAGCAUAGCCACACACAGGACAUCUCAGACAUUUGCUCCACCCAAAGAGGAUAUGCAUGUGGAGCCUGUAGAGGGGCUGAAACUAUCCAACCUGAAUCACAACUUUUUCCUUGUCCGGGGGUAAAGUCCUGUGCGCGUGUAUGAAAUCACAUGGCAUUUUAAGAAUGCUUCAAAGAUGGCGGUUUGUGGUAACAGAGUGCAGAAAAGUGCAUGUUUGGAGGUGCUAGUGCGAGAGCGAUGGCACGCGGUCCUGGCGAAUUUAAGCGACGCGUCGCUGACGCUCAGUUGCGAGGAGCCCGCGACCGACGCCAGCGUUAACCUGAACGGCAUCACCACCAACGGCUCCUACGGUGACCAGCCGGACCCCACCAACAGUCCCAAAGCCGGAAUAAGGACUCCUUUCACGGAUUCACAAGUCCCUGAAGCGAUUGCGAACCGCAAAAGAUGUGUCAAAGUUAUCAAGCAGGAGGUCGGUGGAUUAGGGAUAAGCAUCAAAGGCGGGAAGGAGAACAAGAUGCCUAUUCUUAUUAGUAAAAUAUUCAAAGGUCUGGCUGCGGACCAGACUCAGGCGCUGUAUGUGGGGGACGCGAUACUGUCUGUGAACGCGAUCAAUCUGCGGGACGCCACGCACGACGAGGCGGUGCAGGUGCUGAAGAAAGCGGGCAGAGAGGUUAUCCUGGAAGUGAAGUACAUGAGGGAAGCGACGCCAUAUGUGAAAAAAGGGUCACCGGUGUCCGAGAUCGGCUGGGAGACGCCGCCUCCUGAGUCCCCUCGUCUCGGCAGUCCUCACUUCGAUAUCCCCAGCCCCCCAUCGCUGUCCUUACAGGGUGACCGCAGAUACAUCCCCCUCAAAAUGUGCUACAUCACCCGCAGUAUGACCGUCCCUGACCCAGAAAACAGACAGAUUGAGCUGCACUCCUCUGACGCCAGGCACACAAUAGUCAUGAGACAUAAAGACACAUCUUCUGCCCAGACCUGGUUCACUCUCAUGCAAACUGCCAUCACAAACCUCACCAGCAAAGUCAUCUGUGAACUCCGAGAACACGCGGGCCACCACGGCAUCGCCGGGAGUCGAGAGAUCCGACACCUCGGAUGGCUAGCGGAAAAGACGGAAAGCGAAAGACAGUGCUGGAAGCCAGUGCUGGUGAUGUUGACGGAGAAGGACCUGCUGCUGUUUGACAGUAUGCCACGCAUGAGAGAACACUGGCUCAGCCCGACACACACCUACCCUCUGCUCGCCACACGGCUGGUGCAUUCUGGUCCAGAUAAGGGUUCACCACAGCCUGGCGGCGAGUUGUGCUUUGCUACACGGACGGGAACCAGAUUGGGUAUCGAAGCCCAUCUUUUCAGAGCAGAGGCCUGCAAGGACUUGUCACUCUGGACCAGACACAUAGUCACCGGCUGCCACGCAGCUGCUGAGAUGAUCAAAGAAGUCACUACCAGUUGUAUGUAUCGGGGUCAGGACUGUCGGUUGGUCAUUCACUACGAGCGAGGUUUCUCUGUAAUAGCAGAUGGAGAGGACAGCUCUGUGGCACAGCCUCUCUUCAGUUACCCGUUUGAAAAGCUGAAGAUGUCUGCUGACGAUGGAGUACGGAUCCUCUAUUUGGAUUUUGGUGGGAACGAGGGUGAAAUUCAACUGGACUUGCACUCCUGUCCCAAGCCCAUUGUUUUUAUCCUCCACUCCUUCCUGUCUGCUAAGAUUGCAAGAUUAGGAUUGGUAGCCUGAGAUUGAACUGUUAUAGACUGAAACAGUGACGUGAUUUAUUCCUACAUGGAGAAGGGAAAACCGGAACGCGGUGGAGCUCACAAUACUGAACGAGGACGAGGAUGCAGAACUGGCGCUGUAGCAAACCGGACCUCUGAAUGAUUUUAAUACAUUUCAUUAAUGAUAAACUAUGUAUUUUUCAGAGAGAUAUUAAUUACAGUGAAACACAAUUUCACAAUGAUUUUCUACGGAAAAAAAAUUAACUAUAUAAUGAACAAUAACUUGUGAUUGGAACUAAAAAAAAAAAAAUACUCAAAGUAUUAUUUUAGAAUCCAAUACAGCAGAGUAUUCAGCACUUGCAAUGCCAUAAACUUCUAUAUAACAGGAGGGAUGGCGGCCAUCUGUAUGACAGCUGUCAGAGUAAUUCCAUCUGUCUCGCAGCUAAUGUGGAUUAAAGAAAGGCUAGUUUAAACCUUAAUGCACAUAAAAGUUAAACGGCCUGAAAACCGUCAUUUCGUUUAGUUUCUGGUGCUUUCACUCGGGAGAUGUGCGACACUGAUAGUUGAGCAGAAUCAACAAGAAUGUUCUAGAGUGCUGGUCAUCAAAGAGGCAUGUCAACAAACUGUCUGCUUUCACAAGGCCUUUGUGACAAAAGAGGAAAAUCGAGACAGGGUCAGCCCUCCCCUUCAGAACUGUAUCUGUUUCCACAGACAAAUGGAGUUUCGGUGACUUUUACAAACGUCUCGCUCAUAAAAUCUGGAGUUCUGCUGUACUAACUUCUGAUGUGCAAAAGAAAUCUUUAGUAACGCUGUCACAUUUGUGUAAUUGUUUUUAAUAUUCAUCAGAAGGAUGUUGUACAUUCUUGCGUGACGUGCUUGCAUGCACGCUAGCACAACAACUAUUGAGGAGGCUCAGAUUUGCUCUCGUUGGCCUGUGGUCAUACUUAGCUUCACUGUGCAAACACACAAAGGCCAUUGAAGAACUCUGGAUGUCAGACUAUAAAUUAGAGCACUUGAGAGUUUUCAAGUUAAUCAGCAAUUAGUGUCCAUUGUCAGGCACUGAGCGUUCCCAGAGCACUGCUCCAUUGUAGGGGUUAUGGAUUUGGGGACAGCAGGGCCCCUGUGGUGCAGCCUUUGUCUCAUCUGUGAAACCGUCCCUGCCACAUUCCAGCGCACAUGACGGAUCCAGGAGUCACAGGGAUGAGAAUCAGUUUUCGAAAUUAAAGUGAUCGUUCACUCUAAGAUGAAA